AUGCCACCGUCCGAGAUGAUGAGUGCAACGGCCAGGACCGGCCUCACCACGCAGCCCACCGAUGCCGAUCCGCACCGUUACCAGACCGGCUUCAGCAACCGCUUCGCCUCCGAGGCCGUCCCCAACGUCUUGCCCCGGGGCCGCAACGUGCCCCAGAAAGUCAAGUACGAUCUCUACUCGGAGCAACUCAACGGGACCGCCGUCAUCUCCCCUCGGCAUGCCAUGCAGCACGUGUGGAUGUACCGCAUGCGACCGUCCGUUGUCCACGGCAAGAUAUCGGCCUCGAACGUGAAUCCUCAUAUCGAGUUCUGCUUCUCGGCAGCCAACGAGAGGGUCGAGUUUGUGGCUUCCCAGCAGGCUUGGGAUCCCUUCCCGCUUCUGGAGCCGCACAAUGCCGCCUCGGGCGUUCCAGGGACCGAUUUUGUGCGCGGCAUCCGGACCAUCGGUGGCCAGGGGAGCCCGACUCUGCGCGAGGGCCUCGCCAUCCACGUCUACUCGGCCAACGCCUCCAUGGACCAGCGCGCUUUUUGCAACAACGACGGCGACUUGCUCCUCCUGCCGCAGCACGGACGGCUCAACAUACAGACGGAGCUCGGCUGGCUCAUGGUCCGACCGGGAGAGCUGGCCGUCGUCCAGGCCGGCAUCCGGUUCCGCGUGCUGCUCCCGGACGGGCCGGUCCGCGGCUACAUUCAGGAAAUCUUCGGCACCCACUACCAACUUCCCGAGCUGGGCCCCGUCGGCUCCAAUGGCAUGGCUCUUCCGCGGGACUUUGCGUCGCCGGUCGCCAGCUUCGACAUUGACGAGACUCCCUGGGACAUAACGUACAAGGCGGCCGGGUCGCUGCACUCCUGCCAGCAGCGGCACACGCCCUUUGACGUGGUAGCGUGGCAUGGCAACCUGGUGCCCUUCAAGUAUGACAUCGAGCUGUUCGUCAAUAUGGCCAAUGCAAACACAGACCAGGCCGACCCGACCAUCUACUGCGUGCUGACGGCCCCGUCCAAGACGCCGGGCGUGUCCCUGACCGACUUCCUCGCCUUCACCAAGAAGUGGAUCACGGCCGAGGACACCUUCCGCCCACCCUACUACCACCGCAACAUGAGUACCGAGGUCAUGGGCCUCAUCUACGGGCGCUACGGCGGCAGCAGCCACGUCCUCGAUGGCGGCGGGCUCAGCUACGAGGCGAGCUACAUGCCGCACGGCGAGACGUACGAGACGUGGAGGAACGCGUCGACAAGGGAGUUGGGCCCGACGACUAUCUGCGAAGACACAAUGGCCUUUAUGUUCCACAUCAGCGUACCCCUUUAUCUGACAAAGUGGGCUCUCAGGGGCGAUGGCGCCAAGUCCCUUCAUCCGAGCGACCCGGGCCAGUGGGACAAUGUCAAGGCUCACUUCCUCGAUCACCUGGACGAGAUUGACGCAGAAUUGAAGGCCAGCGGGCUGCCCACGCUGUCUGAGAGCAAGAGGGAACGAAAUUCGCGGGAUCAAGGUCUUACUUGA